AUGGCUUCCCAAUGCAAAGCGAGCGUUGCAAUGGAUCUCCUGAAACCUUAUUCCGAGCAUGAAGUUAACAUCGUGAUCGAUACCCCCGGCUAUGACCCCAGCAUCCAACCCGAAGCCGACGAAACCAGAAAAGCGUUAUUGAAGGUUGACCUAUUGAUCUUGCCUUUUAUAGUAGUCUGCUUCUGCUUUCUUCAGUUUGACCGUACCAACAUCGGCAACGCAUUGACCGACACGCUCCGAGCUGAUAUCCAAGUCAACAACACGGCCAUAAACCUGGCUCAGACCUUGUUCACGGUGGGCUUCGUCAUUACAGAGUUACCCUUCAACAUGAUAAGCAGGUAUAUGGGUCCGGAGCGUUUCCUUCCCAUCACCAUGUUUCUCUGGGGCGUUGCGACGUGGUCUCAGAUCUUCAUCAAGAAUGCCUCUGGACUCCAGGCGGCUCGCUUCUUCAUCGGGGCUCUUGAAGGAGGGUAUAUCCCUGGAUUUGCUCUGUACAUCUCAAAAUACUAUACGAACCAAGAGCUCGCCUUGCGGUACGCAAUCUUUUGGGCCUCAAACAGCUUCGCCGGAAUCCUGGGAGGACCGCUUGCAAUUGGACUUGUUUCUCUUGGAGGACGACAUGGCUUGGAAGGAUGGCAGUGGCUGUUCCUUAUCGAGGGGGUCUUGACAUGCUUCCUCGGACUCGUCGCAUACAUCUAUCUUCCGCACAGCGCGGUGACUCCAAAAACCUUCUUCGGCAGAUCAUUCAACAUGUUCACGCCUAGAGAAGCAACAAUUCUCACCACCCGAGUGAUCAACAACGACCCCACCAAAGCCUACAGACAGAAAAAGAGAGUAUCGCCGUCCGACAUUCUCGAGACGUUCCUAGACUGGAGACUUUACGGCCACAUCAUCGCUGCAUUUCUCUCUAUGAUUAUGAUCUCACCAAUGAACACCUACGCCCCUUCUAUAAUCAAGAGUCUCGGUUUCACGAGCUUACAAGCCAACGGCCUAAAUUCGGUUGGCAGUGCAUGUGCCCUGGUUAUGUCUAUAUCGUUGGCAUUCAGCAGUGAUAAAUUCCGGGAACGAGGGAUUCACAUCGCGAUUGGAUAUCUGUGGGGUGCGGCGGGGUUAUUAUGGCUAGCACUUACGCCCGAGGCUAGUGGAAAAUGGAUUCUCUAUGGAGGCGUAGUUUGGACUCAAAUGGGCAUGGGCUGUGCCCAGGCAAUCAGCGCAGCCUGGUUAACUGCCAAGAUGCAUGAUCAUAAGCGCCCUGUUGCUUUGGCGGCGUAUGUGAUGAGCAUUCAGCUUGCUAAUUUUCCUGGGAACCAGCUUUUCCGGUCACAAGGUAUGUUUUAUCUGAAUCGGACAUCAGUUGAGAUCAAGGCUAAAUAG